CUGGAGUUCGUGUUUCCCGGUUUCCAUUGCUGUACAAAGCGUUGUUACACUACAUUCUUCCCCCUGUCGUAUCAGACUUCUUUCAGAGAAAUUAUUAAGCCAUUGGGAGCGAAAUCAACAUGAACUCAAACAAUAACAACAACUCAUCCGGUGGCCGGAGCAGCCACGACUUUGCCCGAGGCGGCACGUCGAGCAACUCCAAUGGCAAUUCCGGCGGCUCCAGCACGGGAUCUUCGAACAACAACAACACCAGCAGCAGCGGCGGCUUAGGAGGCAGCUCUGGUGGCUCCAGCGUGGGAUCUUCCAACAAUAACAACUCGAGCAGCAACAACAACUCCAGCGGCCACUCGAGAGGAGGAAGCAGCGGCGGCGGCUAUGGAGGUGGUAGCUCCAACUCCAACUCUUCUUCUGGUGGCUAUGGAAACAGCUCCUCUUCCGGUGGCGGCUAUGGAGGAAGCUCAGGCGGCGGCGGCAAUUCCUAUGGCGGAUCGAGUGGGGGCGGUUAUGGCGGAGGCGGUCACAGCAGCAGCGGUGGCGGCGGUGGUUAUGGCGGUGGUAGCUCUGGAGGCCGGUCCGGUGGUGGCUCGUCUGGUGGAUCGCGAUUCACGACCGACAAGAAAAUGGAUGUCGCAUACGAAGCGGGGUACAAGGACGCCAUGGACAAAGUGAAAUCCGACAUGAUGCGAAACUUUGGCAACUAAAAAUGUUUCUUACGAAUAAUGUUGACGACAGCACCGCCCGAAACCAGAUCGGCUUGGGUUUGAGGAUUUUUGAGCAUGCAAGAUGACGGGUGCUUUCCGAUGUGGGGACCUUUGGCGAUCGCGAUGUGGAUAGCUCUGGCGCUUGUUGGCCUGAUCUGUCCAUUGCGGUCAUGCGUUCGGGCACAUGUAUAGGCGUUCAAAUGUUUCAUUGAGCUUCAAAAGAUGCAUUACUUCGACUUACCUUCAUGCUGCUGAUUCGAAUAGGCCGAUUCAAGCUCU